UGAAACAGCAGAGGGGAGGAGGACUCGGACGGGAGGAGGGGCGCGGCGGGCUGGGGCGAGCCGGGCUCUGAGCAAGGGGCGCCCGCAGCCGGGAGGAGGCAGCCCGACUCUCUUGCUCGCUCUCUGCUCCAGCCGCUGCCGGGGGUUCCAGGCAGCGCGAUGCCGCUGUGCUCCUUCUAGGCGGCGGCCAGCGGAGGCUUCCUGCAGCCUCUCGGCCCACGCCGGCCCCCAUUCCACCGGCGAGUCCCCUGUCUGUCCCAGAGGACGCGCCCGGCCGCUCGAGCCGAAGCGAGCGCGAAGUCCGAAGUCCACCCCCAGCUCGGCCAACUUCCCCGGGAGCCCCUCUCCCCACUGCAGCCUGCGCCAGCCCUGGGAGCGAUGCGCCCCCAGCCGGGCGGCGCGCCCUCUGCCAACUCGCCACCCAUGGGAUCUACUGCCCUCGGCUGCCCCGCUUGGAGCGCGUAGCCUUAGCCGCGUGGCCCAGGAGACGAGCGAGACACCCAGGCGUUUCACGGAUUCCACGCGCGCCAGUCUGUUGGGGUCCCCUCCGGGGGCAGCGUUCAUACCCAGGGGCUCCCAUAAGCAUUGCAUGGAGAAGGAAGCCAGUAAAUGAACUCACCUAUGUAGAGACUGAUGAAGUAAACUCCCAAGACGUGAAAGAAACCUCUAUCCUCAGAAGGCAGUAUUGGAACCUGUGUGGAGGUUAAGAAAACUAUCACCUUGGUGGUGGCCUGAGGAGAUUACCUCAACCCCAAUGUUGCCCUGAAAUUCGUGUUCAAGAUUCAAGAAGAUUAGGACUGCUAAGAUGCCUCAGGAACAGUACACACACCACCGAAGCACCAUGCCCAGCUCUGAGGGGCCACAGGUAUACAAGGUGGGCAUUUAUGGCUGGCGGAAAAGGUGCCUGUAUUUCUUUGUCCUACUCCUGAUGAUUUUAAUACUGGUGAACUUGGCCAUGACCAUCUGGAUUCUCAAAGUCAUGAACUUCACAAUUGAUGGAAUGGGGAAUUUGAGAAUCACAGACAAAGGUCUAAAACUAGAAGGAGACUCAGAAUUCUUGCAACCUCUCUAUGCCAAAGAAAUCCAGUCCCGACCAGGUAAUGCCCUAUACUUCAAAUCAGCCAGAAAUGUUACAGUGAACAUUCUCAAUGACCAGACUAAAGUGCUAACUCAGCUCAUCACAGGUCCAAAAGCUGUAGAAGCUUAUGGCAAAAAGUUUGAAGUAAAGACAGUUUCUGGAAAAUUGCUCUUCUCUGCAGAUAACCAUGAAGUGGUGGUAGGAGCUGAGAGAUUAAGAGUUUUAGGAGCGGAGGGCACAGUGUUCCCUAAAUCUAUAGAGACACCUAAUGUCAGGGCAGACCCCUUCAAGGAACUAAGGUUGGAGUCCCCGACCCGGUCUCUGGUGAUGGAGGCCCCCAAAGGAGUUGAAAUCAAUGCAGAAGCCGGCAAUAUGGAAGCCACCUGCAGAACCGAGCUGAGGCUGGAGUCCAAAGAUGGAGAGAUUAAGUUAGAUGCUGCGAAAAUCCAACUACCUAGACUGCCUCACGGAUCCUACACGCCUACAGGAACGAGGCAGAAGGUCUUCGAGAUCUGCGUCUGCGCCAAUGGGAGAUUAUUCCUGUCCCAGGCAGGAACUGGUUCCACUUGUCAGAUAAACACAAGUGUCUGCCUUUGAGAGACCAUCCAUAGUGGACAUUGUCGGCAGCAUAAAGGCCGUUUUUGUCUUUAGAUACUGGCUGCCAGCUAUUUUUACUAGAACACAGAAAGCCUAUCAAAGACCGUGUGCGCGCGUGUGUGUGUGUGUGUGUAUGCGUGUGGGUGGAUAUAAAUAUAUAUAAAUAGAUAUAAAUAAAUAUAUAUAUCCUCUGUAUAAAAUGAGGUUUCAGUACAAAAGGAACCAUGGGUGACCCUGUGAUAUCCACCAUCAUUUCCAUGUCAACCCCACCACCUACAUGAUAAGAUCAAAGUACUGAUUCAGGCCCAAUACCCCAAACCCUUCAAAAAUCACACAGUGUAUCGGACACUUACUGAAUAUUCACCAACAUGUUUGAGGAGCUGCAUAUCUUCCCCUUUAGUGUCAUUACAGGGCAGUGAUGGCGGGAAUCUCCAAGUCAUGCUCAAGCACUGAGACCCUCAUAUUGAAAUAGACAUUUCGUUUCCAUUUUUAGCUUUAGGAAGGCUGGCCCAUUUCCCCCUCUUCAAGUGAGGGAUGGGGCAGUGCCAUAGUGCCAGCUGUAGGAACACAAAAUGGCUCUUCUGCCUUCAUAGCCAAAUGUACUGGGGCUUUUGGAUGAAUGUGGGGGAUGAGGUUCAGCAAAGUUUGAACUGCUCACUGAACUCCUGCUAUCUUCCUUCAAAAAUCACCUAUUAUCCCACAGUCAAAAUAGGAGUUGUAAAUCAGCACAAAAUGGGGUAACAGCUGCUCCUCAGUCGGCUGGAAGCUACUCAGUGGCCUGACAGGCAAAGAAUAAAUGGGUGAUGUGUAUCUGUUUAAAGGAAAAAAUGGCUCAGAAUCGGUCUCAUCCUCACUUCUGACUUUAUCCAGCAGACUCCAGCCCCAAAUGAUCAGGUCAGUCAAAAUCCUGUCCAUCAAUCCUCAAGAGAGGAACCCCCACCUGAAGAGAAGCCAUUUAGGGAUAGAAACCUAAUUAAGAGGAGCAUAGAAAACCUAAUUAAUUUUUCUAUGUAUCUCGGGACUGGUAGGUAAUUUAGAGACUUGCCUUUUAUUUCUAAAGGCAUGCACAAACUCUGGCUUCCAUCUUCAUACGUAUAUAUAUAUAUAUUUGUUGUUGGGAUAUUCCUAUUCCUAAAUCCACCAUUAUGUUUUCUCCCAAGAAUAGUGACCCAAGAAUCACAGAUGUGAAAUACAUGCCCCCGGAAAUGGUCACUGGAAAUUAAUAUAAACUGAGCCAUGUGUCUCUCUCGGACUCGCUGUGCUCCCGUGGCCCGGCAGCACCACUACUUGGUAUGUGGAAGCAGCUCCCUCGUUCCCGCCAUCAGCUACCUCUCAUCCUUCCACCUUCAUCAUCGUGCUACAGGGUCACCCUGGCCAGCUCUUGUGCUGGGACAGGGGAUUACACCGUCUCUGUUCAAAGAGGGGGAAAUGUGCCUAUGCCUUAAGUCAAUGCACUCAGCAAGGAGAAGCACAUCCUAUUUAUCUUGUCACAACUGUAGUUUAUUUUGGGUGAUUAGAGGGGAACGGUUUAGUCAUGAGUGGGCCUCUUAAAAGCUGGUAGACAAACCAGUGGCUGACAGAAGUGGACUCUCAGGAGCCCAAAUGGAGGCGUAACCGGCUUAGAUAGUCCCGGACACCAUUUGGCAAGCAGCAGCCCCACAACCCUAAAUGAGGUCGUAUUUGUAGGCCUGAAUGGCAUUUGUGUUUUCUUCAACAAGGUUUUAAUUUUUCUUACUUCACAAGUGGGGGAAGAUUGGUCAUAGGAAAUGAAUAAGAGAUUUGAUAUUUUUGAGAGGACACUCAAGCUUUGGAGGCUGAGUCUACAAAGGAUAUGAAAGCAAGUUGUGUGUCACUUAGUUACUUAGGAGAGGGUGGGGGCCGGAGAGGGGGAGGUUUCCUAGCCUGACCAGUGGCCCCGCUGGCUUCCAGACCCCAUACUCCCUCCAGUCACUCCUCCUCAGUAUCCCAUGUAGAAUUGAGUUGUUCAAGGGCAAGGCUACUUAGUUAGUAGCAGUAAAGUCUAAAAAGGAAAACCCUAAGAAGGUAUCAAGUUGCUCUGGUUUGGUAUUAUUUAUAUCCUGUAGGAUCAUACUACCAGAAUCUGCAGGUACUACAUACGGGGUUUUGCCAAAUAGGAGAGGCCCCCCUUGGCUACGAGGAACAUAAACCCCAUGUCAUUGAGACAAACAGUAGUAGCUAUGAGGCCCUUCAUGGCUAAAUACCGUAACACAAAAUGUUUUUAAGCAGACAGACCCAUCUUUGCAUUUUGCCAUCUCAAGUACAUAAUCUAUGGAUGACAAGAAAACAAAAAGUUCCCUGAACCUCUUUCCUCUGAUUUUGUUCUAAUCAUCAUAAGCAAGUCUGAGAUCAGCACCUUGGGGAUUUUAUGCCAAUAAAAAAGAGUGAUGUGAUCCCACUUGCAGACGUUAAUCCUAAAGGUAAUCAGAUCACAAAUAAGAUAAAAAUAAUAAUAGCAAGCCAAGAAUAGAAAUCAAACACCUAUGGGGAACAGACAUGAUAAAAAAAAUUCUGAUUUUCAUUUGUACUAAGUGACUACAAUAAACCAGCUAAUAGGCAGGAAACUUGGCAUGGACUAAAUUAUGUAUUUCAGUUCAGACUACAGAAGUCAGUAAAAUGCAUUCAGAGUUCCUCAAUGUACAUUUUGUUCUCCCAACUUCCUCCAACUAGAAUAUUUGUCCAUGGUCAUGAGAGAGUUUUAAUUCUGGGAAAAAAAAUAUCUUUUACAUUAAAAUCUGAUAAACUUUAAUUUUAAAAAGUGAGGUUCUUUCUAAUCUCCAUAUAUAAUAUCUUCUAGACAAUCACACUCCAGUAUAUUAAACAGCAGGUGGCGUAACAAAGAGUUCAAGUGAAUCAAUAUUCUAGAAGUUCUAGUAUGCUAAUAGUCUUCAGAAGAUUUUUAAAAAUUAAAAAGUGAUCUCCAAAUAUGUUUAGCACUCAGUUCUAUUUGUUAUCUGUUCAAUAAGUCAUAAAAGUUCAGUCUUAAGAAACUGCUAGCAUAUGACAAAGGUUUUCAAAAGCCCUUAUGGUGACAUCUCUGUAGGUAGAAACUUGGUAUGAGGCUUUCUAAUUGUUCCUUUACCCAAGGGAUAGAUCUUAUAAACUUGAAUUGGCUUUAACUCCCUUUAGGUCAAUUUCCUUUGGAUGAUUUUCAUUGUAUAUCCAGCAACCAUAGACCAAAGUUUGCUUAAAGUUUAACUCUAGAGCAGGGGUCAGCAAACUGUGGUCCCUAGACCAAACCUGGCUCAUCACUAGUCUUUGUAAAUAAAGUUUUCUUGUAACACAGACACAUUUCCAUGUUGUCUGUGACUGAUUUCAUUCUAUAACAACAAGGUUGGGUAACUGUGCCAGAGACCUCACGGCCUGAAAAGCAUAAAAUACUAUUUGGACCUUUCCAGAAAAGGUUGCCGACCCCAACAUAGAGAUCAUUUGUGCUAUGUGUUGGACACAGCUGGAAAGAAAGCAAACUCCACAGUAGCAUGGAGUCACCCUACAUUUCUAUGUGUGCUUAGGAAUAUAAAUACUUGCCUAGAGAAAAAAGGUUAGCCUUAUGUUAUGCGUAAAAGUGAUCCGCUUAUCUGAGAAAUGCAGGUUCACAGGAUUUGGGGGGAAAAGGAGGAUGGAAUCAGGGGAAGACUUAGUGCAAAAGGAAAGCCGUGAUCCUCCAAGAGUUUUUUUCUUAGGACCCUUAACAGAGAGGUGGUUCCUCGGGUCAGUAUCUUGGAGGGUCAGAAGAGAAGCAGAGGUCUUAUGAUUUAAAUUUAGAAUCUUUCUCCUGAAGGGACCGUUUCUGCAAUGUCAUAGGUUUUCCACCUCACCAUCACAUAUUCCAGAAAGAUGCUCAUUCCAUGGUCCUCCAGAGAAUAUUUUUGACCUAAAAGGCCCUGUGGACAUCCAUCAACUCAGUUAUUUACACCUCCAGUGCAUUCUCCAUCCCUAUGUCCCCACCCGGCCUGAAGGGUUCAUGGGACAAUAAUAUUGGAAGAAUAAUAAAUAUUGAGGGGAGGGGAGAAAUACUGGAAGCAGCAUCUUAAAAUAUGUAGGAAGAAAAAAUACAGUAAACAUCUUUUUUGAAGGUGUUUAGUGGGGAAACCAGAUCAAUGCCAGUUUGAUUUUGUUUCCAAUAAUUUGGAUCCUUGUUCUAUGGUAUAGCAGGAAUGCAAAAGAAAAAAAAAAAAAAGACCUAUUUUAAAUUCCAACAUCUCUGCCUGUGUCAUAAGGCAAGUGCCUACCAGAGAUUUGUCCCUUCAGUCAACAUCCCUACUGCUAAAUCCAUACUUAUAUCCAAUAUUAUUAAAACAGCAUCAGCAAUGAAUGAGUCUUUGUUAGCAUGAGUGUUCGUGUCAGAAAAGAUUUUUUUUUUUAAUGAAAACCACCACCACCAUUUACCAGACCCUAAUCAAUGUCACUUAAAGAGCCCUUUUGCAUUUUAUCUGGAUUAAACCGAAAGAGGAUUAAAUUGGCAACACUGCCAUCCACAGAAGCAGCUACAUGAGAGUAUCUGGCUUUUGUUGAUUUUAGGCAAAAGAUAGCAUGAUGUUUGGACCACAGAGGUGAACAGAUCCCUGUAAGCACCUGAUCCUUAUUUUGUAAGGCUCCGUGAAAGGUGAGAAUCUCACUUAAGUAAGUUGUAAACAAGACAAGACCCUUCGCUCUUUUUCCCCUGCACCAGGAAAUCUUAGGCACAAAAAGGAUAACAAAGCAGUUCCUGGAAUGAUACAUUUGCAUGGUGGCCCAGUAGCAGGUGGAGGGGGGCAAGUUAUAAUAAAAGAAACAACCUUAGAAAACACACCUUUUAUCUCAAAGAUAAAAAUGUCUCUCUUUUGGUCUCUCAUCACUUUCUCCUCCUCGGGGGAAGGUUCCCUCACUUCCAACAUAUUUCCAUUAAAAUAGUCAAAACUACUGCAUUGGGAUGUCAGAUGCAUCUCUUUCUUUGUGGCAAUCUGAAUUUAAAAUUAAACAGUCGCCUCUGAAUUUCUCAUUCACAAAGCUAAACCCACUGACGAGAGAUAAAGCAGUCUGAAGCCUGCUGCUUCAGCCAGCACACCACACCACACACAUUAGCACUUUGAAAAGCAAUGGGAUUUCUACAGUUCUUAAAAGCUGUCUUCAUAACGGAGUCCUUGAAAUUUCUCAAGGCAGGGCUGAAUGGCAAAGGGAAAAUCACUAUUUGCGGGAAGUCCUUGUUUUGAGUAUUGUUAGAGCACAAGUGUGAAAGAAAAAUCUCCAGUUUAGGGUGACCCAAGCUCACAUAUACUAUUUGCUUUGGUUUUACCUGCCCCCCCCCAUAAACACACACACACACACACACACACACACUCUUCCUGUUACAGAUCCUGACAGAGUAGGAAGUUAGCAUCUUCCUUUGAGAAAAGAGAGCAAUCCCAGAAUGCUGAGCCCUUUGAUGCAAGAGGCGGUGUGAUGUCCUAACAGCGUUGACGGUAUCAAAUCCAUCACUAAACAGUCUCUGCAGUCCCAACGGCAAUGCUCACUGCUCCUCCUCCAUCACAGCUCAGCAAGUGCUAAUAGCAGUUCCACAUCUGUGAGUUUGGCAAUUGGACUAGAACAAAGGAGAACUUGCUGUAGGCAAAAAAUAUAUUUAGAGUCCAAAUCCACCUGUCUAUAGAAUAGGAAGCCAGAGUAGCCCAAAAUGCCCCGUUAGGCAUGUAGACACCCUCAGUAGCAAAUGAGGGGGUUUGGUUUCAUCACUGAGCACUAGCUGAGGUCAGGUAAAUACAGCAACCAUGAAGAUGGAAACAUCUGUUUUACCUCAAAGUUACUCUUCACGUACUAGGCUAGUAGUCCUCCUACUGCCAAUGUCUUCACAGCCUCCUUCUACAUUUGGGUUAUGUUGGUGGAAUCAGAGUUAGCUCAGACUUCAUCAUGUGAAAAAUCCCCAGCUGAUCAGUUAGGUUACAUACGAGCAGUAUAGCAAAGGAGUGUCCUAAGGCAGGAGGAUGGUAUUUGUUGACAAGGAAGAUGCUGGUGUAUCAGUCCCCAUAUUCAUCCAAUUCAGGAGAUUCUAAAUUUGGGGGUUAUAGGUUCUUUUGAGAAUCUGAGCAAAGUUCUCAACCUUCUCCCCAAGAAUUGCACCCACAAAAUUUUACAUAAAAUCAAAGCAAUUUUCUUGAACCUGAAGCCUACUUUAAGAUAUGGCAAAAGUUGAAUUCUAUUCUCCAAUAAUAAUUUUUAACUGAUGUUCAUUAAGCACUAUAUGCUAGGCAUUGUGCUAAGUGUUUUAUGUGCAUUCACUUAUUUCACCCUCAACACAAUCCUUUGAGUUAAAUUCUAUUAUAGUUCCAAUUUACAGAUGUGGAAACUGAGGUUUAAAGAGAUUAGGAAACCUGCCCAAAGCCACUAGCUAGAUAAUGGCAGAGCUAGGAUGUGGGUCUAACUCCAACCCACUAUGCAAUGAAGUCAUCAACAUGUCAAACUAUUUUUCAAGCUGUUGAGAAGUGUCUCCUACCAGCUUUGAGACUAGACCUUCUUGGCUCAAUGAAGAUAUAAAACUUUUAUGUCCCUUCUCUUUAUAGUCUCUCAUCCAUGACAGCAUCUAGUACUAAAGUAGAGAUACCUGCAGUGAAAAUAUAAGUGAUCUGUCUGAACAAUAGAAUCUGGAACCAGAAAAAAAAAUUUGUUUGUGUGCGAUCCUUGUUAAGUCAGACUUCUUGUCCUUACAAAUUGAAAGAUGCCUGGGUUGUCAGCCGUACAUUUAAGAGAAAAUUGUAAUUCUCAGUGAUCUAUAGGCAUGCGCUAAACAAGCCAGCAUUUCUGCACACAUACAUCUCCUUCUCCUAUUCCUCACUUCAAAAGACAAAUAUCUUAUUUUAGGUCAGGCCUUGGUUAUCCUUCCUGACCUUUACUUGUAGCAAAACUUAUGGGAAGAAUCAAGUAUAAGGGAGCUCAGUCUCUGUUGUCCCUUUUCCCUUUAAGAAUAUAGGACUAUCAAGGACUCAGCAUUAUGCAUUCAAUACCCAAGCUGGCCACGUUGGCUCUAAUAAUAGCUAGAGAACCAUACCCCAUACCUUGUCAAUCAUCACUAAUGGGCCAUACCCCUCUCCAUGAGCAGAAAUUCUUCUUGCCAAAGCAUUCAGGCCAUCACUACCAAUUGAUCGGAAUAGGAAAUAGGACCCAUUUGCCAAUUCUUGUUUAAACAGUGGCUCCCUUUAACCUUAAACCUAUAGAUUUUAACUGGUGUCCUAGAUUCAGCAAUGAGGUUGGUGGCAUUCCAGCUACUAAAGGAGAAGAUGAGUACAUCUUCUGAGCAAAAGGACUAGGGUUUGAUAUAUAAGAGUUAAAAGACCUAAAAUAAUUUUGAAGAAUUAACUCAGCCAGGAACCAUCUGAACAGAUUAUAAAGCAGUGUGCCUGUGUUAAGGUCCUAGUGUCAUUCUGCCCCCACCCAGAGCUCAGAGACCACAGCAGCAGAGAGACUGGGGUUCAUCCUGCUUUUCUUGCUUGCUCAGCAGCACGUAUGUGAUCCACUGGGGGUUGGAGACAGAGCUUCCCACUGUACCCCAACAGACAACAGCCCCAGUGCCAGCCAUGGUCCUAUAAUACUCCUCUGGCUCAACCACCCUAUAAAACCUGAGUAAAGGCAUGAGCUCAAAAAUGUCAAAACCCUGUUCAGGGUAAGUCAUUCAGGAAUUUUCUUUUACUGGUGUUAUGUGUCCGAUUGGCAAAUCAAAAACAGGUACCCUUAAUGAGUCUCCGGGAACAAACAUCACCAGAGCCAGAAAUCAGGUUCUCUGUUAAGAAGGGGAGAUGUAAGCAAAGUACAGGGAAGAGUUGGCACACCUGAAUUAGGGGUGGACACAAAAUUAACCUAAUUUGUAUCCAGUGUUUUGGUGAGUAGGGGGAUGGAGUUUUUAUGCAUUAGCCACAUCCUCAGUCAAGUUUCUCCCUUUUUGAGGACACAAAGAAGGAGAAGCACAUCCCUUAAGGAGGGCAUGUUUUAAAAGGCAAAGGUAGAGGACAUCCAUCAUUGUGCUAGCUAGAUACACUCCUGGAGAAGCCAGAUUCUGGUGCUUUUAACAGAAAAGAUGAGGUCGUAGAAGUCCCAUUUGCUUGGAGAUUUUGAAAAAGGAACCCCAUUCCCAUAAAGCAAUUGAGUUCAGCCUUUGGGUUAUUUUGGGGUUUAUUUUUCUCUGGGUUUGGGUGUGAUGUAAGAGGAAGAGCUUUUUAGUUUUGUUUUAAGUAACAUCAAUCCUUGCACACUCUAUGCAAAAAUUUUGUAAGCAUUGCAAUAAUGCUAUGAACUAUAAGGAACUAUUUUAACUUUAUUACACUUUCUGUAUAAAAAAUUUGUAUUUAAUAUUAUUUCAACUGCAGUCUUGUAAAAUAUAUUAAUAAAAAUAAUGAUUGGUAAGAAGGAAA